CGGCGGUCGGGCAGCGGUGAGGAGGCUCCGGUCCGGGGAGGAGGCUCCGGUCCGGGGAGGAGGCUCCAGUCCGGGGAGGAGGCUCCAGUCCCGGCCACAGACCAGCCCGGCCUCGGUACAUUUUACAGCCUGUUUGCAGAGGAGCCAGCUGGGGACGGUUUCCGGCCGUUGUCUGGCGGCCAUGCAGCGGUCUGAGUAGCCGCGGCGGACGUCCAGGAUGGCCGCGGACGUGGAUCAGAGAGGGACCGAUGGGGGGAGCCGCAGCGCGCCGCAGGAUGAGCUCCGAGCCCCGGGCGCGGGGUCGUGGAUGUCCCGGGGGACGUGGAGCCUGCUGCUGGUCGCCGCUGUGCCUCUGCUGGCCUUCGGGAUCAGAUCGUAUCAGGAUGCUCAGCUCGCCAGGCGCCACGAGGAGAGCGUCCGCACCCUGGGACCCGAGGGCGUCCUCCUCUUCUCGUCCCUGGACAGCGACCAGGACUGCUUCCUGAGCCCCGAGGAGUUCCGGCCCAUCGCCCAGAGGCUGACCGGGGUCACGGCUCCCGCGGACCCGGAGGAGGACCUGGUCCACGACCCCGACGGAGAGACGCUGACGGUGGAGGCCCACAUGCAGCCGCUGCUGCUGGACUCCAUGACCAAGAGCCGGGACGGUUUCCUGGGGGUGUCUCACAGCUCUCUCAGUGGUCUUCGGUCCUGGAGGUCUCCGGCGGUUCCGUCCUCCUCGUUCCCCGCCUCUCGGUUCCGGGCCUUCCUGCCGCCGGGUUCCGGGCUGGCGGUGGGAGACACGUGGUGGCUGAUCCCCAGCGAGCUCAGCGUCUUCACCGGGUACCUGCCCAACAACCGCUACCACCCCCCCCCUCCCCGGGGCAAGGAGGUCCUCAUCCACGCCCUGCUCAGCAUGCUCCACCCGCGGCCCUUCGUCAAGUCGCGCUUCGCCCCCCAGGGGGCCGUGGCCUGCCUCCGCGCCGCCAGCGACGCCUACUACGACAUCGUGUUCCGGAUCCACGCUGAGUUCCAGCUGAACGAGGUGCCAGACUUCCCGUUCUGGUUCACGCCGGGCCAGUUCACCGGGAACAUCGUCCUCUCCAGAGACGCCUCGCACGUCCGCCACUUCCACCUCUACGUCCCCAACGACCGGUCUCUCAACGUGGACAUGGAGUGGCUCUAUGGAGCCAGUGAGAGCAGCAACAUGGAGGUGGACAUCGGAUACCUGCCGCAGAUGGAGCUGCGGUCCUCCGGUCCGUCCUUGCCCUCCGUCAUCACGGACGAGCGGGGGGACGUGGUGGACGUCCGGGACGCCGCCGAGCCCGUCCACUUCGUCUUCGAGGACAUCGUGUGGAGCGCGGAGCUGAGCCGGCAGGAAGCGGCGCGGCGCCUGGAGCUGGCCCUCUACCCUUUCAAGAAGGUGUCCUACCUGCCCUUCUCCCAGGCCUUCCAGCGAGCCGAGGCGGAGAAGAAGCUGGUGCACUCCAUCCUGCUGUGGGGGGCGCUGGACGACCAGUCCUGCUGAGGUUCGGGGCGGACUCUCCGGGAGACGGUCCUGGAAAGUUCGCCCGUCUUGACGCUGCUGAACCAGAGCUUCAUCAGCAGCUGGUCUCUGGUCCGAGAGCUGGAGGGCCUGCAGGCUGAUGAGCAGAACCCGGCUCUGGCAGAGAAAGCCAGCCUCCACCUGGCGGACUACACCUUCCCCGUGGAGAUGAUGGUGGCUCUGCCCAACGGGACCAUCCUCCACCACAUCAACGCCAACGUCUUCCUGGACCAGACGGCCAUGAGGCCGGAGGACGAGGCGUCCUUCAGCUUCUCCGCCGGCUUCGAGGACCCGUCCACCUCCACCUACAUCCGCUUCCUGAGGGAAGGGCUGGAGCGGGCCCGGGCCCACCGGACCCCCCCCGAGUGAGACGGCGCCUCCUGCUGCUCCCCGCUGGUGGUGAAGGCUCCACCUGAAGCUCCGUCUGAGUGGGUGGAGCCUGAUGUCCAGCCGGGGCUGCUGCAGGACCUCGUCCUCGUCCUGGUCCUCCUCCAGGCUCCUCUGUGGUUCUGACUGGAGGUUUCGAAUCAGAUCCCAUCAUGAUCCUCAUCCCGACUCUUCCUUUUGCCUAUUUCCUUAUUUUUAUGUCCGAAGCUUUGUUCGGUUAUCGAUCCUGUGCUCCUGGUACCUUUUGUUUAUUUCUAUCUUCAGAUGUUGGAGUAUUUUGGAAUAAUUAAACUCUGGGAACUCGG